AUGGGGGAUGACGAAAGUCGGAGGCGGGACAUCUUGGCGCGCAUUGGCGCAUCCAUACGGGACGCUCAGUACGCCCUGACUGUUAACUCCCCGAAGCGAGUACAAAAUGCGGUUUCGGAGACUCAAAUGGCCAUUAUCGCACUCUCCGAGUAUCUCGCGCUUCCCAACGGCGUUCCCAAGGCCGCUGCGGUGGCAAAGCGCAUCGCCAAGGUACUGGGUUCCGUCAUAUCGCUGCUGCGUCACAGUGACAGUGGGGCGGGGAGCACCACGCAGUGUGAACUUGAGCCUGCCGACAAACCCCCAAGUCAUGAGAGUUCUUUUCCGAACCUUUUUGACGAAGAUUCAGACGUUAACGAGCUUUCGCAGCUGCGGGAAAAAUUGGCCAGCACGCAGGAAGAGCGUGACAGUUUUGUGGCGCUUCUGCGCGACGCCCAGCAAGAAGUUGCGUCUCUCAAGGAGUCCGUAGCGGACCCAACGCAGGGGUUAUCACUGCAUACGGCGGAAAUCGAACGUGUAAAUAGCGAGAAUAAGGCACUAAAAGAGCUUCUUCAGGAAGAAAUACUUAAGUCGAAGGCGUUGGCGGAAACCGUAAGGGUGUCCAACGAGCAACUACAGAAAAUAAGUCACGAAAACGCCACCACUCAGACAUUGUUAGAGCAACACCGCAGGGAACUAAAGGAAAAGGAACAAGAAAUUGCAGCCAAGGUACGAGCAGCGUCGAAGGCAGCUAUCAUGAAUCCGAAACCAAUUGACAACGAAGAAAUCGAGGCACUAAAACUUCAAGUCAAACUGAUGCGUCAGGCACUACGGGAGUGCAUUAAUAAUUCCAGUGCUGCGGAAAUUAAAGCGGGCAAAAAAACAUUGGUUGAUAUCGAAAACGAACACCAAGACCAGCUACUGGCAAUGAAAAUCACACUAGAAACGCAGUGCAAGAGGGAAAACAAUUACAUCCAACAAAUUGACGAUCUCAAAAACUUUAUAGACGAAAUAGAAAAAGAACUUGAACGUGAGCGGCAGCGCGCGGAGGACGCGGAGCGCUGUGCGCACGACACUGCUGGCACAGUGGAGCAGCGCCACCGUGAGCAGCUGGCCACGCUGGAGGCCGCCCUGGAGCAGCAGCGGGCACAGCAUGCCAGCGAGGUGGACGAUCUUUGCGUGGCACUGGAGCGCGAGCGGCAGCGUGCGGAGGACGCGGAGCGCUGUGCUCACGACACUGCUGGCACAGUGGAGCAGCGCCACCGUGAGCAGCUGGCCACGCUGGAGGCCGCCCUGGAGCAGCAGCGGGCACAGCAUGCCAGCGAGGUGGACGAUCUUCGCGUGGCACUGGAGCGCGAGCGGCAGCGUGCGGAGGACGCGGAGCGCUGUGCGCACGACACUGCUGGCACAGUGGAGCAGCGCCACCGUGAGCAGCUGGCCACGCUGGAGGCCGCCCUGGAGCAGCAGCGGGCACAGCAUGCCAGCGAGGUGGACGAUCUUCGCGUGGCACUGGAGCGCGAGCGGCAGCGUGCGGAGGACGCGGAGCGCUGUGCUCACGACACUGCUGGCACAGUGGAGCAGCGCCACCGUGAGCAGCUGGCCACGCUGGAGGCCGCCCUGGAGCAGCAGCGGGCACAGCAUGCCAGCGAGGCGGACGAUCUUCGCGUGGCACUGGAGCGCGAGCGGCAGCGUGCGGAGGACGCGGAGCGCUGUGCUCACGACACUGCUGGCACAGUGGAGCAGCGCCACCGUGAGCAGCUGGCCACGCUGGAGGCCGCCCUGGAGCAGCAGCGGGCACAGCAUGCCAGCGAGGCGGACGAUCUUCGCGUGGCACUGGAGCGCGAGCGGCAGCGUGCGGAGGACGCGGAGCGCUGUGCGCACGACACUGCUGGCACAGUGGAGCAGCGCCACCGUGAGCAGCUGGCCACGCUGGAGGCCGCCCUGGAGCAGCAGCGGGCACAGCAUGCCAGCGAGGUGGACGAUCUUCGCGUGGCACUGGAGCGCGAGCGGCAGCGUGCGGAGGAACGUGUUGUUGUUGUAGAAAAACAGUUGGAGGAUGCCGUUAUUUUUUAUCGUGGAGAGGUAGAGAAGGUGAAAUCGCUUUAUGCCGCAGAUCGUUGUCGUAUGAAUGAUAAGUUGUCUAGCGUUUCACAGUUUUUGGAUGAGGCAACGAAAGAGGCUGAUGGGCUUAGGAAUAAGGUAAAGAUUUUUGAGGAGGAGAAUAGGCAGUUGCGUUUGAAAUGUGAGAGUACGAGAGAUGCUUUGACGGAGUCUGAGGUUGCGCUUCGUGAGGAGAGACGAUCGUUGAUGGGUGAAGUUUCGUUAUUGCGUUCUCGCUGCCUUGCUUUGGAGCAGGAAGUGGCAGCUGCGGUGGAACUGUCAAGCGAGAGGGCGGAGUCAGUAAACAGACUUAUGCAGCAGCUUGCAGAGGCGAAGUCGAUGGUAGCUAACUCUCUGAAUUCAGAUAGUGCGAAGAUUGCGGGGACUUCAGUGAGCCUGGAAGAGUGGGUGCACUUUCUGCGUGGUGUUGCUGUAGCGGAUUUAAAGCGAGCGGCACGGGGGGUGGUAGUGGUUAAUGAGGAAACCCAAGACAUUGUGAAUCUCGCGCGGGAUCUUCGCCGCGUCAUUGAUCAUACCGCUGGUCUUUCCGUCCAGGUGUUGGGGCGUCAGAGGCAGUUGACACAAAUUCUGAACGUGGUGGCGGCAAAGCAAUGUGUGGCCUUGCGGAAAAUCCAGCAGUGCCUGUUGGGAUCCGUUUCUUUGCAGGAAACGGAUGUCGCCAUUCUGGAGGCCUGCCUUCUUUUGUUUAACGACGUUGAGAGUGCUCUAAGUGAGGUGGCGGAACCAGAAUUAAAAGAUACUGACAACUCUGCGUCACUGACGCCAGUGAAAGACGAGCGGGAUGCGCUGCUGCAACGUACCCUCCGACGAGCACGGAAUCGCGUCAAUGAAAACACGUCUUCGCCCUUGAGUAGCCAUGGUGUGCAGCCGGUGUCGGGGUCGAUGAUAACACCCGUUAAAACGAGAGGGACUCCUUCGGGUAUGCGGCCAUCUAGCGAGAGGAAUUUUCUUUCCUCCCCUGAACGAGGGCAUACUUCGGUGUCGAGAACGAAGGCUUCGCCGCACAACUCGCGAGGGCCACCGGAGCACCUGUCAAAGAUGGAUGUCGGCCAAUGCUCUGAAGAUCCUUUUGAUUACGCUGUGGCCACGCUUUCGGCGCAAGAAAAGCAGUAUGAUCGAAGACAGCAUUCCAUGCCUCCAAGGCGAUGGCUGACGCCCGGAAAGAAGGGCACCACUACACGAGCUGGUCUAUGA